CGUGUGUGCACACAGAUGUCUUCCCUCCAGGGUCUCAGGUUCGAGGUAGUUCCUUCGAGGUUUAAUGAGAAGCUCAGCAAAGCCUCCUUCCGUACCCCUUAUGAGUACGCCAUCGAAACCGCCAAGCAGAAGGCGCUGGAUGUGGCUCGCAGGAUACACCAGAAGGACCUCAGGGCCCCCGACGUCGUCAUCGGAGCGGACACUAUUGUGACGGUCGAGGGCCUGAUCCUGGAGAAACCCAUAGACAAGCAGGACGCGUACCACAUGCUGUCUCGGUUGAACGGGAAGGAGCACAGCGUGUUCACGGGGGUUGUCAUCAUCCACUGCUUCAGCCAAGGCGGCCAGCUGGAGUUGGAGAUCUCACACUUCUACGAGGAGACGAUGGUGACGUUCGCGCAGCUGUCGGAGGAGCUCCUGUGGGAAUACAUCCACAGCGGGGAGCCCAUGGACAAAGCCGGAGGCUACGGCAUCCAGGCCCUGGGCGGUAUGCUGGUGGAGUCCAUCCGGGGCGACUUCCUCAACGUGGCCGGCUUCCCGCUGAACCACUUCUGCAAGAAGCUGGCGGAGCUGUACCGCCUGCCGGGCGCCGAGGGCCUGCGGCGGGGGAAGCACAGCUCCGGCCCCACCGCGGAGACCUCCGAAAGCCUCCGCGAGGAGGGGCGUGCCGGCCCAGACCGCGGCGGGGCCCAGGCUGAGGGCGGCGACCCCGCACGGGCUCCGGGCACACGGGACGCGCACCGCAACUGGACCGCGGAGAGCCUGCCCCCGUUCCCGGCCGGCCUGCUAGAGCUGAUAGUCGGCUUCAAAGCGUCGAAGGCCCUGUUCACGGCGUGCAAGCUGAAGGUGUUUGAUGUGUUAAAAGACGAGGCCCCACUGAAGGCCGUGGAUGUCGCCAGCAAAAUCGACGCCUCAGAGCGUGGCACUGGAUGGCUGCUGGACAUCUGUGUGGCCCUGGGGUUACUGGACAAGACAGAGAGAGGUUACAGUAACAGCGAGCUGGCCACCCGGUACCUGCUGUCGGACGGCGAGUUCUCCCUGCACGGCUUCAUCGAGCUCAACGACAACCACUCCUGGGCAGCCUUUUCGCAGCUGGAGUCUGCCGUCCGGGAGGGCAGCAGCCCAGACCAGUGGGCCGUGGGGGAAAGCCUGCUUCAGGACUCCUGCCCGGGCCCGGACGCGAGGCUGUGUCUCAUGAAGGCCAAGCACGGCCUCGCCAAGCUGACCGCUCGCCAGGUGGCCACAGCCUUCGACCUGUCCCGAUUCUCCUCGGCCUGCGAUCUGGGAGGCUGCACGGGUGCCCUGGCCCACGAGCUCGCCCGGGAGAACCCGGGUCUGAAGGUGACUGUGUUUGACCUCCCAGGCGUCACUGAGCACGUCACGUGUUUUCAGCCCAUGGGAAGACAGACAAAGCAGGUCAGCUUCGUGCCAGGUAACUUUUUCAAGGACAGCCUCCCGGAGGCAGACCUCUACAUUCUUUCUGGAAUCCUCCACGACUGGCCCGAUGAGAAAGUACACGACUUGCUGAGCCGGGUUUCGGGCAGCUGCAAACCAGGCGGCGGCCUCUUGGUGGCAGAAGUGGCCCUGGACGAGGACACGCAGGCGGCCAGGCCGGGCCUGCUGAGGUCCCUGAACCGCCUGCUGCACACCCAGGGCGGGGAGCGCGGCCUGAGCCAGUACCGGCAACUGCUGCAGGCACACGGCUUCACGGACGUGCAGGUGGCACGCACAGGGGACAUCGUGGACGUGGUCCUGGCCACCAGACCCGCGCCCUGAGGGCCGCCGGCCUGCGACUGUCACAAGGACUUUCUCCGGGGAGGCCGCCGGCGCGCCGCCAUCCUGCAACGUGGGCCGUCAGGUGGAAAGGUUGCUGGAAGGGGGUGGGCGAGGAGGGGGCGUCACCAACAGAUUAAAGGAGGUUGGUAGCA